UGCUGCCAGCACCGAGAUCGCGCAGAGGGCUGCGAUAGAGAGCGCAGCAGGCACUCACCAAGGUAUGCGUUUUGGCUCCCAGAGCUGAGAGGCGGCGAUGUGGCACCAGGCUCUGGGACCAGGCUGGAAGCCGCUGCUGGCGCUGGCGCUGGCGCUGACCAGCCUGCGAGGGGCAAGAGGCUUUGAGGAGGAACCGAGCGAAGGUGGGAGCUUCCAGGUGGUCACGUUCAAAUGGCACCACGUCCAGGACCCGUACAUCAUAGCGCUUUGGAUCCUCGUGGCCAGCUUGGCCAAAGUCGUCUUUCACCUGUCCCACAAGGUCACCAGUGUUGUCCCCGAGAGUGCCCUGCUCAUCGUUCUGGGCCUGGUGCUGGGUGGCAUCGUCUGGGCAGCUGACCACAUCGCCUCCUUCACUCUCACACCCACGCUCUUCUUCUUCUACCUGCUACCCCCCAUUGUGUUGGACGCUGGAUACUUCAUGCCUAAUCGGCUCUUCUUUGGAAACUUGGGCACCAUUCUACUUUAUGCUGUCAUUGGCACUAUAUGGAAUGCAGCCACGACAGGAUUGUCCCUCUAUGGUGUCUUCCUCAGUGGCCUAAUGGGUGAGUUGAAGAUCGGACUCCUCGAUUUCUUGUUGUUUGGUAGCCUCAUUGCUGCUGUGGACCCAGUGGCUGUGCUGGCUGUGUUUGAAGAAGUGCAUGUCAAUGAAGUCCUGUUCAUCAUUGUUUUUGGGGAGUCGCUGCUGAAUGAUGCAGUGACUGUGGUCUUAUACAAUGUUUUUGAAUCUUUUGUGACGCUGGGUGGUGACAAGGUGACCGGUGUGGAUUGUGUGAAAGGCAUAGUGUCCUUCUUCGUGGUGAGCCUAGGAGGCACUCUGGUGGGUGUUAUCUUUGCCUUCCUGCUGUCCUUAGUGACUCGCUUCACCAAGCAUGUGCGCAUCAUCGAACCUGGCUUCGUCUUUGUCAUUUCCUACCUGUCCUAUCUGACCUCCGAGAUGCUGUCCUUGUCAGCCAUCCUGGCCAUCACCUUCUGUGGCAUCUGCUGUCAGAAGUACGUGAAGGCCAACAUCUCAGAGCAGUCAGCCACCACGGUGCGCUACACGAUGAAGAUGCUGGCCAGUGGGGCGGAGACCAUCAUCUUCAUGUUCCUGGGCAUCUCAGCGGUGGACCCCCUCAUUUGGACAUGGAACACGGCUUUUGUGUUGCUGACGCUGGUCUUCAUUUCUGUGUACCGAGCCAUCGGUGUUGUUCUGCAGACCUGGAUCCUGAACCGCUACCGCAUGGUGCAGCUAGAGACCAUUGAUCAGGUGGUCAUGUCCUAUGGCGGCCUGCGUGGGGCGGUAGCCUAUGCCUUGGUGGUACUUCUGGAUGAGAACAAAGUCAAGGAGAAAAAUCUGUUCGUCAGCACCACUCUUAUUGUGGUCUUCUUCACGGUCAUCUUUCAGGGUCUGACCAUUAAGCCCCUGGUGCAGUGGCUGAAGGUGAAGAGGAGUGAGCAGCGUGAGCCGAAGCUCAAUGAGAAGCUACAUGGCAGGGCUUUCGACCACAUCCUCUCAGCCAUUGAGGACAUCUCAGGACAAAUUGGACACAAUUAUCUCAGAGAUAAGUGGUCCAAUUUUGAUAGGAAGUUCCUCAGCAAAGUCCUCAUGAGAAGAUCAGCUCAAAAAUCUCGAGAUCGGAUCCUGAACGUUUUCCAUGAGCUGAAUUUGAAGGAUGCUAUUAGCUAUGUGGCUGAGGGAGAGCGCCGUGGGUCCCUGGCCUUCAUCCGCUCCCCAAGUACGGACAAUAUGGUCAAUGUGGACUUCGGCACACCUCGCCCAUCUACUGUGGAGGCAUCUGUCUCCUAUCUCUUGAGGGAAAAUGUCAGUGCUGUAUGCCUGGACAUGCAGUCCUUGGAGCAGAGGCGGAGGAGCAUCCGUGACACUGAGGACAUGGUGACCCACCACACGCUGCAACAGUACCUGUACAAGCCUCGGCAGGAGUACAAGCAUCUGUAUAGUCGGCAUGAGCUAACACCCAAUGAGGAUGAAAAGCAGGACAAGGAAAUCUUUCACCGGACCAUGCGGAAGCGCUUGGAGUCCUUUAAGUCAGCUAAGCUAGGCAUCAACCAGAACAAGAAGGCAGCCAAGCUGUACAAGAGGGAGCGUGCACAGAAGCGGAGGAAUAGCAGCAUUCCUAACGGGAAGCUGCCUGUGGAGAACCUGGCACACAACUUCACCAUCAAGGAGAAAGAAUUGGAACUUUCCGAGCCUGAGGAGGGCCCUAACAAUGAAGAGACCAGCGGGGGCAUUGAGUUUCUGGCCAGUGUCACUAAGGAUGUAGCCUCUGACUCUAGGGCAGGAAUUGAUAACCCCGUGUUCUCCCCUGAUGAGGACCUGGACCCAAGCAUCCUCUCCAGGGUGCCACCCUGGCUGUCCCCUGGGGAGACUGUGGUGCCCUCCCAGAGGGCCCGUGUCCAGAUUCCCAACUCUCCCAGCAACUUCCGCCGCCUGACACCAUUCCGGCUCAGCAACAAGUCAGUGGAUUCCUUCCUGCUGGCUGAUGGCCCUGAAGAACAGCACCAACCCGCUCUCCCUGAGUCCACACACAUGUGACACAGGCUCUGACACACCGCUUACCGGGCGCUCGUCCCCUCGUCGGCCGUCCGCUGCUUCCCAGCAGCCCUUGCUCCCCCCACGACUCGCCCGCCCUCGUGCCCUGAGCCCAGCCCCACCUGAGCGCAUCUCCUCAGCCACUUUUGCCUCUGGUGAACCCGGGGCGGAGCCGGAGCACAGGGCCCUACCCAGUGCGCAUGCUCGCUCGGCGGCUGCGCGCCGGGUACACAGUAGGCGCUCCUUCCAGAGGCCUCGUCCGCGCAGACGCCCAGCUCUGCUAAAGCUCGCUUCUCUUCCGGGCUCUACAGAACUGCCGCCACACGCUCUGGAGCAAGAGGAGACGCCGCUGUGAUUGCUGCCUGUACGGUAGCCCAGCUCCGAGGGUCUCCUUCAGGUGGCCCCUCCCCUGCCAGCGAGGGAGUCUAGGACGAAUCUUUUCAUCCAUGUGGUGUCGCCAAGAUACCACACUGCUUCCUGCCAUCUUCUUGCCCUGGGUCAGUCCCUAGGGCUCUGAGGUGCUGCCUCCCUGUCCCCACCCCCAAGGCAAACACUUGUUUGCCUCCCUUCCUCAGAGAGGAAGAAGACCCCCGAGAGGCCUCUGGCGAAUUAAUACUGCUGGUAAAAAUGAAGGUCUCAAAAGAUUGAGAUUCCUGGGAGUGACACCGCUCAGAUCAUCCUCGUCCUAAAUGGGCAGCAAGGUUCUUGUGCAUGCCCAGAAAUAUACACCCCCGAGGCUCCUAUCUGACCCCCUUCCAAGUUAGUUCUCCAUACUGUCCUACCACCUUGUGUCUUGUAGGAUCAGCUGCAGAAAUAUUUGUUCCAGGUUUGGCUCCUCUAGCUCAGACUUUCCCUGUGCAGCUCCUCCCAGCCAGGGCCUUGCCCGCACAAACAAGUUGUCUGGCCUGAGCUGUCCUGAAGUUGGGAACACUGCUGCUGAUGGCUAGGCUGGCUGGGCCAGGGCACUAGAGGGGGUCCAGAGGAAACCUUGGUCAGAACUAUAGCCAGCUCUCUGGCUCCAUCUGCUGAAGGCAGGGGAAACCUCAUGCAGGUGCCCACUGUCUGGGCUUUUCCCCUGUCCCCAGGACUUCAGGGCCUAAACCUUAGAGUGCCAUCUCCCUGCAGUGGUAAGAGGGUGGGCCCUCAUCAGAGGUCCAGUCUUGGAAGAGUUUUGCACACUGUAAAUCUGGCCUACACCACAGGGGCUCACCUGAGGGAUACUGAGAUGGGGCUAAAGGUGGACUUAGGGACCUCCUGGAGACUUCUGAAACAAACCACUCAGGUCUCUGCUCAGGAAACUAAAUACCGUGUCUCAGGAACAAGGUUGACAGUUACCUUCAGAGGAGUCACAGGAAGGUCCACUGAUGUGUAUCAAUGCUGCAGUUGAAUCAUAGAUAGGAAGGCAGUUAAGAGAAAUGAAUGAAAACAAAGCAAGUUUGCUCAACAUACUGCUUUGUGCUUCAGAGUGUCAUUCCCCAACUGAACCAGUCAGUUCGCUGUUGAUUGGAGCGCUCAGACUCCGCCGUAAGAUGCUCACCAUUUGGUUUCUGCGGCCCUUCUCCCUUACUGCAUUUGACCAUUUCUGAAUUGAAGUCCAGCCACUGUGCAAUGACUUGGCCAAUAAUUUCAUCAGACUUCUCUGACAGUGCCGUUGGAGUACCUCUGAGAUAAGGCUGUGCCUGGCUACUGUACCAGGGGGUGGUUCUGAGAGGCACCUCUCAGCCCAGCUUUGCAGACAAGUUUCUCAUACCUGCCUGUGCCAGGACACUGCCUUAACACCUCACUUGAUCUGCUGGACAUGGAGUCUAAUUCCCACUACAGAAUUAGAAGCCAACUCUGACUAGACAGUGCCUCAACAGCUGUCACCUUGCACCAGAUACCCAGAGAUACCAAAGCUAGCAGCCAGGUAAUGAAUCUAUGGAACCUCUUGACACUCUGUCCCGUGUUUUAGCUGUGCACAGGGCAUGUCCUUUGAGCUGUGAAAUAUGCCACUGGGCAUAGCCACAUGUAAUCAGUUUUGACAAGAAAACCUCAUUCACAAAAACCCAUUUCCUGGGAUUAGAUGACACGGUGGCUACAUUUCAUGGUUGAGGACCCUCUUGUUCUUGUCAUUGUUGUACAAUAGAAUAGAAAAUCCUAUGAAUGUAUUUCCUUAGGAAAACUGUUGUAAAAGUUUUUUAUUAGAGAGAAUUUCUAUUUAUUUAAUACUGAACUUUGACCAACUUUGUGGUACUACAAAGUAUAAAAAUUUAGGAAAUUUGUAUUUCCACUUCUGUAUUUUCUUGAAAAUAAUUUUAUUACAGUGUUCAAUAUGCUAUGUAUUACUGAUCUUUUUAUGAAAGGAAAUUUAAGUUUCAUCAAAGCUAGAAAUAUAUUUUGAGUGGUUGAAAUUGUGCAUUGAUGUCAUGAACAUAAUCAUAGUUGAAUUUUGUUUAAUUUUGAUCACAGAAUACUGGUGCCUUAAAAUGCAGCUAAUUUGGGCAGCAUCUGCACAGAGUCCAUCAGCAAAACUGCAACGACUGCUUGUUGAAGUCUAUUAAAAACAUU